AUGACUUGGCCACUGAGACGCCUCUUGUGGGCGGAGACUUCCAGUGGGAGGGCGUGUCCGGGGUCAAGGUGCCCGUCUUGUACCGCGCCGUUUAGGAGGAGCAUCCGUCGCUGGGGCUUCGACUUAGCCACUGAGACGCCUCUUGUGGGCGGAGACUUCCAGUGGGAGGGCGUGUCCGGGGUCAAGGUGCCCGUCUUGUACCGCGCCGUUCAGGAGGAGCAUCCGUCGAGGUCCAGCGCGGGGAAAGAGAACGCCCCCAGGACCCCGAAGAGAUACAGCGUUGUCCUGCAGAACGUGGAGAAAACGCCAGAAAAGAGGACCGAGCUGAAGAGGAAACAGACCAAUAUCACAGAUUUCUACCUGGCGAAGAAGAGAGGGGUGGCUGUGUAG